UUUGUCAGCAUUACAUUGAAUCUAGUGAAUUGACUCUUUGAACGGGACGCCGCUUUUGCCGCAUUAUUUUGUGUUUCUUAUUUGGGCAAGUCCCGUGAGCGCAUGAUGAAACUCCGCCGCGGUGGUGAGGGAGGGAAGAUGGCCAUUGAGGCGCUUAUGCCACCAAGGUGGCAAACAGUGUUGAUGCUAUUUACUUUUCUAUUCAAACGUGCUACCUAUGAAAGAGUGACUCCCGAUAAUUUGCUUGACAGAACUUCAUCGAGUCCAUCCCUAAGAUCAUCUCAUAAAGAUGACGAUGAGAAUGACGACGGCCGUGCGAGCAUUACAAACGACGAGCAUCCUUUAUUGUCCACUCUGAUUCCAUCGGAUGAAAUAAAUGAAGUAUUUCUGUACAAGCUCAUUUUCUGUGUAUGUAUUGGUGGGUUUCUCUUUGGCUAUGACACAGGAGUUAUCUCGGGGGCUUUACCACCGCUACGCGAACACUUCCACAUGACGACAAGGCAAGAGGAAUUGGUGGUAGGAGCAACGACUUUGGGAGCUAUUUUUGGCGGGCUUUUUGCUGGUUCGCUCGCCAAUCAUUUCGGAAGAAAGGCAUUGCUGCUUGUGGCGUCCUUUAUCUUUUUUAUUGGUUCACUUAUCAUGGCUUUGGCAUCCACUUACACGUUUCUCCUACUCGGCCGGCUGGUGGUGGGUGUAGGCGUCGGCAUAGCCUCCAUGAUUAUUCCGUUGUACGUGAGUGAGAUAUCACCGAAGUCGAUUCGUGGUCGACUAUCGACCAUGAAUGUCUUGAUCCUUACGUUUGGGCAAAUGUUUGCUUACGCUGUGAAUAUGGUUUUCGCCAAUGUGACUCAUGGAUGGCGCUUUAUGGUCGGCCUGGGCGCGCUUCCGGCCCUUGUCCAACUGUGCGUCUUGCCAUCAAUGCCCGAAUCACCGCGCCAUGAUGUUUUUACCGGGAAAAUGGCCCGUGCUCGAUCCACGCUACAGAAAGUAUACCAUGCGUCGAUGUCUCCCGAAGCCAUUGAUGAUCAACUAGCCGACAUUCAACGUGCUAUUGACGAAGGACGAUCCAGCACUUUUUCCGACUUGUGCCGUUAUCCGCAUGUGAAAGCCUUGAUCAUAGCUUGCACGCUGCAGGCAGCGCAGCAACUUAGUGGGUUCAAUACCGCCAUGUAUUAUGCAGCAACCAUCCUGCGUAUGGCUGGUUUCCGUGAUCAUCAGAACUCCACCAAUGUGGCCAUGCUGGUGGCCGGGACCAACAUGGUGUUCACGGCGGUCGCCGUUUGUAUCGUUGACAAAUUAGGUCGUCGACGAAUUCUGUUGGUGACCAUGCUUGUCAUGAUGCUCGCUCUCAUCGCUUUAGGCUCCUCGUUUGCCGUCCAACAAGGCUUUGUACCAAAACAGAGUACAUGUGCCGGUUAUGCAUCGACAUGUGCGCGAUGUGUGCAAGAUACCGGGUGCGGAUGGUCCAUAUCUCGCGACACCUGUGUGCCGCUGUUGAAUGACCAUCUGGAUGACAUAUACCAAGGGCCGACGGGAUGUCCUGCGCAGCCGAAUGAUACAAUGAUCACUGUCGCGCUACUUUUAUCGCUUGUCAUCUACGUCGCCAGUUACGCUUUGGGCCUUGGCUAUGCGCCUUGGCUGAUUCAAAGCGAGUUAUUCCCCACCGCGAUUCGAGGCAAGGCCAAUGGCAUCUCCACCGCCACCAACUGGCUGUGCAACCUUUUCAUUUCUUCCACUUUCUUGUCACUGACGAAUCUUAUCACGACGGCGGGCACUUUCUGGUUGUAUGCGGGGAUUUCUUUGGUGCUGUGGUUCGUGCUUUUGUACCUACUACCCGAGACCGCCGGCAAAUCAUUGGAAGAGGUGAUCGAUCGUCGACCGCCAAUAUAAAGACAUGCGCCGCCUGGUAGAAUAGUUGGUGUGUAUUGUAAAGUGUUAAAGACAAGGAUACCUAGGAUUCAAUCAACGAGAUCCAUGGAGCAUGCGGGGACAAGGCAAAAUUGAAGACACACAAAAAAGAGGAAAACAUGAAAUUUACAUACAAUGUAUUAACAAGC